AUGAACCCAAGCAUUCGUGAUGGUCGCGUCGACAUUGUCGCCGUCCAUGGUCUUGGCGCGAUACCAGAUAUCACUUGGAAAGAGAAGGCGUCGAGUAUCAAUUGGCUUUCACACGAUGACAUGCUGCCCAAGGCAGUCCCCGAGGCGAGGAUUCUAAGGUUUGGCUAUGAUUCGCUUUGGAUGGGAGAGACAGCUAUUCGAACAUCUCUGUCUACGAUUGCAUACAAGUUACUUCUCAGUCUGAACAUAAUGCGCGCGGAAGAUCUGGAGAGACCGCUCAUAUUCAUCGGGCAUUGUUUUGGUGGUUUGGUAAUCGAACGUGCCCUAAAUCUUGCCAAAAUGCGCCAGGGAAAGUAUCCGGGCGUAUUCGACUCAUCAAUCGGUGUCGUCUUUCUUGGAACUCCCCAUCGCGGGUCACGGUCUUUCACGCCUGAGAGCGCUCUCCUGGCAGCCAUUGCAGCCUCUUCCGACUUGUCAAAGCACCUCGAAACCAAUGUGUUGGAUACAAUGACGUCUGACACUGGUAGUCUCCUCGACGUAUCAGAUGAUUUUAUCACAUUAUGCAUAGACGGCGGACCCAAGAUUUCGUGCUUCUUUGAGCAGCGCUCAUCGAAACUUGGAAAGGUCAUAGGAAGAACUGACAUGACUGAAUUUAUAGUAGAUGAAGUAAGCGCAAUAUUUGACGGCCAUCCCAAGCACGGUCUCGAGGUAGACCACUUUAGCCUCAACAAAUUCAACAGCCCUACCAACCCGCACUAUUUGCAAGUUCGUGCAGAAAUUGUACGGUUUUAUAAGUCAGCCUUGCAAAAGGCUGACCUCUUGUCUAAAGUCAAUGACAUGAACUCUGCAGCAGCUUAUAAUAGCACAACUCCGCUAGCACCGGACCAGAAAUCUAGUUCAAAAGGGUCUAGGUCUCAGGCAAUAUCACAAAAGCCGACAUCAGAGCUAUCCGGACCAUACCAAAGUUCUCAGAAUACUCUUAGUGCAGCUCCGUCUCAAGUAACCCUCGAGGAAGAAGUAUUAAGAAGAGAGGCGGGCAAGGAGCAUCGCGGGGAAGAGUCUCGUAAAAAGGCUAUCAUUCAGGAAGGCGACUACCAAAAACGUCUGGCUAAAGAGAAACGAGCUGUGGAGCUGGCCUUUCUCGAGCGGCUCAAAAAGAACAUGUCAAAAUACGGCAUCGACAACCCUGGCGCCAUUCUAGAAGCGAAUCCCCUCCCCAAAGAUGAGGAGCUGACAGGGCAGGAAAUCAAGGAAAAGAACGCCUGGUACCUAAAUUAUUUGAAAGGUGCUUUGGUUGACAGGGGCGUAGAUGGUGGCCAGAUUGACGAGAUUCUCAACGACAACGGGGAGACGAUGGUGAUUGACGGCGUGGAGACAACAAUCACUAGAAUGGCAAGGAAGUGGGUUUCUCAAAGAACUUUGAAUGCGUAUGAGAUUCCGUGGCAGUACGAUGAGAUAUGUUGCUUUUUCUUACCUUUAGACUCAAAGGAAGAAGUUGCUAACGUAGCUAAGAAUGAUUCAUCCACCAUCAUCGUGAAGCGAUGGGUUCCUGACUACGAACAGGCAUUCCUAUGGGACCACUCGAUGGCGCUCCGUGGAGAUCGCGGCCGAAAGCAGCAUCGAGAUCCCCCGAAAACCCAUGAGCCAUCAAAAAAGUCUCUCCAGCAUAUGCACGCUAACUUCAAGCCGGGGCAAGAAAACAUGCCACGGCAGGACCAACCGAGGAGGCGAACAGAGAGUUUCGGUCUCACAAACUUGGAGCCUAGAGAGGUUAGAUCUAGUCCGGCUAGGGAAAAGGUGCGGGAGAGGGAAACGCGAGACAGCUGCACCUCGCCGAAAACUGUGCGGAAUUCCUCGACAUCAUCGGCACCAGCCACGGACCGCGGGUUUCGACGAAGCCAAAGCAAUGAAUCUAUGCACUCGGCGCCUGAUUCAAAAGAAGUGGCGAGACAGAGACAGCACUGGCGAACGCUGAGUGGUGACCGGUCCAAGGGCCGGAACGGGGGGAAGUAUCAGCGAGACUCGUCGGGAGAAAAGCGCCCCAGUGCGAAAUAUCGUGAUAUGCCUCGAUGA